GCAGCAGCAGCAGCCAGGGGGUAGCUGAGUGGGCCGGCUUGUCAUGUACACAUGACUGCACGCAAAGAGAGAUCACACAGAAAUGCAGAGCUUGGGCUGUCUGUGUUUUACAGCCCUGUGAGGAGCCGGGGAGAGAGGCAGAGAAAUCAUCGGCGGAGGCUGCAGCAGUCUAGAGGCCGUGGCGCUCGUCUGGAGAGGCUAGUGCGAGCUCAGCAAAGCGGAACGGAGCGUUUAGAGAAGCUCAUCUGUGAUUAGCUCAGGAGCAGGCAGGGUGAGCAGCCUCGUCAGUACGUCCAUCAGCCGGUCUGCUAAGCAGCACCAUCGCACCACCUGAUUGGUAGAGAAGUUGACACGGCUGGCCAAGUUGCCGGAGCUUGGAGGCGCUGCCUCGCUCACUCUGCGUGGUUAUUUUGAGUCAGGCUGUCAGUUGACGAUGCCUCCCCGUGUGUGCAGUGGCUAUGAUGCCGGCUAGGGGGAAACAGGUUACUUGAAGCGCACGGCAGAAGUAUGUCAGGGCCGGAUAAGAACGAAGAACCUGCUUACAGACUCUACUUCUACUCUGCCUCCUUCCAGCGUUCCAACAGCCAUGAUAAGGUGAGGAAGAUUGUGGCAGAAGAGGGACGUGCCGCUCGCAACCUCAUUGCCUGGAGUGUUCCUCUGGAAAACAAGGAGGAAGAAAGCAAACACAUUCAAGUUCAUGCUCAUGGGAAAUCGAAGAUUCACAGCAACAACAAUGCAAGACCACAACGAAUCAACUCUGGACAACACAGAAACAAAAAACAGACUGCAGCGCUGGACUGUAAGGCUCCUGCAGGGUCCAUGCUGGAGAAGGGAGCAGAGAAAAGUCCCACUAAAGCCAGGCAGCCACGGAAAGUAGAUUUGAGAGCACGCUACUGGGCCUUCCUGUUUGAUAACCUGCGUCGGGCCGUAGAUGAGAUAUACGUGACAUGCGAGUCAGACCAGAGUGUUGUAGAGUGUAAGGAGGUGUUGAUGAUGUUGGACAACUAUGUUCGGGACUUUAAAGCUCUCAUCGACUGGAUCCAGCUACAGGAGAAACUAGAGAAAACUGAUGCCCAAAACAGGCCCACAUCUUUGGCAUGGGAGGUUCGUAAGAUGUCUCCAGGACGCCAUGUCAUGCCCAGUCCAUCAACAGACCGAAUCGUUCCAUCACCCAAUGUUCGCCGUUCCUUGAACUUCGGGGGUCCUCCUCCCACUCUUGCAGUAGCACGUCUCUCCCAUUCUGGCCCGAGCUGGGCUGACCGGGUAAAGUUCUCCCAGGCUAUGCCUGUGACCAACCAAAAUGUUCCAGGUCCCACAGAAAAACCCGGGAAAAAAGAUGCAGAGGGCUGGGAGACGGUACAGCGCGGUCGCUCGAUGAGACCUCGCUCCAUCGCCAUGGUAGCUAAGGUCAGCCCUGUCCUGGCCCACGUCAGUCCCAAAGAUGUCACUGAUAAGGAGAACCAGCAGCUCCAGGCCUCUCCCCAGGACAAAGUGCAGGGGCCAAAGGAGCAGGGGGGACACGACAAGCUCACCUCCCCAGAGCAAAAGCCGGAGUGUGAGAAGGCUUCCGUCAUCGAGCCCCCAUCAGAUCAACAGCCUGAGCAGUCUGUCAGUUCCACCUCUGACCAUGUGCCACCCCUUGUGGCCGAAUCCCUUCCAGCCCCUCCCUCGCCUCAACCUCAAAGUCCACCUCCAGUCCCAGCUCCAGAUCCUCCGUCCUGUCCAGAGUUAGGGGAUGCUGGUGCUGGACUGGCUGGCGGAGGGGAGGUGGAGCAGGAGCCGGAGCCGAAGCAGGAGCAGGCGGGUGUGGGGGCAGUGUGGCAGGUCAUGGCACCAUCUGCUGCUGGAGGAGCAGCAGCAGCAGCAUCAACAGCAGCAGCAGAAGCGGCCCAUAUUCCCCUGGCAGUGCUGAAACUGGAGAGCAUUCUGGACCCCACAGAGCUUUCCACCCCCCAGUCCAUGGCUGAGGUCUUGGCUAAGAAGGAGGAGCUGGCUGACCGGCUGGAGAAGGCUAAUGAGGAGGCCAUUGCCAGUGCUAUCGCUGAGGAGGAGCAGCUGACUCGGGAGAUCCUGGCAGAGAACAACGAGCUGGAGACAGAUAACGAGAGUGAAUUCUCUGCAAGUAUUGGGAGCGGAGGAUGUGGACUCAACUUGGACUGGAGUGACUUGCUGGCUGACUAUGAUGCGAGAGAGCCCUGGCGUCAGAGCACCUCAUGGGGAGAUAUUGUGGAGGAGGAACCAUCUCGUCCACCUGGCCAUGGCAUCCAUAUGCAUGAGAAACUCUCCUCACCAUCCCGCAAAAGAACCAUCGCUGAAUCAAAGAAGAAGCACGAAGAGAAGCAGCUGAAAGCCCAGCAGCUACGAGACAAGCUAAGGGAGGAGAAGACCCACAAACUGCAGAAACUUUUAGAGAGGGAGAAGGAGGUGAGAAAGUGGAAAGAGGAGCUGCUGGAUCAGAGAAGGAGGAUGAUGGAGGAGAAGCUCCUCCAUGCUGAGUUCAAGCGGGAGCUGCAGCUCCAAGCCAUCGUGAAGAAGGCUCAAGAAGAGGAUGCAAAAGUGAAUGAGAUUGCAUUCAUAAACACGCUGGAGGCUCAGAACAAGAGGCACGAUGUUCUGGCCAAGCUGAACGAAUAUGAACAGCGCCUCAACGAGCUGCAGGAGGAGCGCCAGAGGAGGCAGGAGGAGAAACAAGCCAGAGAUGAAGCUGUGCAGGAGCGUAAGCGUGCUCUGGAGGCAGAGCGUCAGGCGCGGGUGGAAGAGCUGUUAAUGAAGAGGAGAGAGCAGGAGGCAAGGAUUGAGCAGCAGCGGCAGGAGAAGGAGAGAGCGAGAGAGGAUGCUGCCCGCGAGAGAGCCAGAGACCGUGAGGAGCGUCUGGCUGCCCUCAGUGCAGCUCAGCAGGAGGCCAUGGAGGAGUUGCAGAAGAAGAUCCAAAUGAAGCAUGAUGAGAGCAGCCGAAGGCACAUGGAGCAGAUUGAGCAGAGGAAGGAGAAGGCCGCUGAGCUGAGUAGUGGCAGACACGCCAAUACUGACUACGCACCCAAACUGACACCCUACGAGCGCAAGAAACAGUGCUCCCUCUGCAGUGUUGUGAUCACCUCGGAGGUGCACCUGUUCAGUCACACCAAGGGCAAGAGGCAUCAGCAGGCUGUGAGGGACAGUAGCAGCAUCCAGGGCAGAGAGCUGUCUGACGAAGAGGUGGAGCACCUGUCCUUAAAGAAAUACAUCGUAGACAUAGUGACUGAUACCACUGUAACUCCAGAGAGUGCCAAGGAUGGAGAGGAGAGGCAGAAAGCACGGAAAAAGGCCAAGAAACUCAGAGCACGAAUGAACUCAAGGGCUAAGGAGUAUGAGACCUCUAUGGAGGCUAAGAUGCAGAUUCCAGAUUCUCCCUACAAAGCCAAGCUGCAGCGUCUGGUGAAGGAUUUGGGAAAGCAGCUGCAGGGGCAGGAUAGUGGUCAGUGGGCCAACAACAAAGUCUCUGGUUUAGACCGAACGCUGGGCGAAAUCUCACGAAUUCUGGAGAAGCAGAAUAAUGCGGAUCAAGUAGCUUUUCAGGUAGGAGGGGGUCUGUCUGCCCUGGAACAGAUUCUACAGGUAGUUACCGCGGCCUCCAGUCCUACAGCUGUCCCACGCAUUCCGCUGAAGUCUCUGUGCGCCGCUGUGAAUGUGUAUUACCUGGCCUGCUCCCGCUGCUACAGCAACUGCUCUUACGUUCUCUACAGCAACAAAAUCGCCCCGCUCAUGGACCUCUUGCUUCAUCAGCUAACGCUAUAUGUUCCCGACGAGGAUAAGUCUAUCUUUGGCCGCAGUGUGAACAAGCAGGUAUUUGAGGGCUUGACUACCGGGCUGCUUCAGACCACUGCCACAGUACUCUCACUCCUGCACCCCUCUGGGCCAGAGGCCGGGAGAGAAUCCCCACAGAUCUGCCCACCUGACGGCAAGAGUAAACCAGCCAGCACUGAAAACUUCAACACCCGCGCUCAAGACCUCAUUAGCUAUGUGGUGAAUAUGGGCUUGAUUGACAAGCUGUACGGCUGCUUCCUGUAUGUGCAAGGCCCGAUCGAUGAGAGUCCUAAGAUGUCUGCCUUUCUGGAGCAGGCCACCGCUCUCCUCCACGCCAUGUGCAAACUGUGCUUUGCUGUGACCAGUCGUUCCCCCAGUAUCUUCGACAACAAACGUCAGGACCCCACAGGACUGACGUCGCUGCUACACAGCACUGACCUGGUUGGUGUUCUGCACAUGCUGUACUGUAUCCUGCUUCACAGUGCCCUGCCCGAGUCCCAGCCAGGCGGCCCAGCGUCACCACAGGAGCCCUAUAACCCUGCUGUGAUCCAGGUAGCCCUGCAGGGCCUCCGCUUCCUCAACAGCUUUGCUCUGCUUGACCUCGCUGCCUUCCAGGCUGUUCUAGGAGCAGAGGGGUUGUCUCUGGCUUUCAGGCAUAUUGUUAGCUCUCUGCUUUGGUACUGCUCUCAGAACAGCUCAGAGGAUCUGCUGCAUGAAGUUAUCAUCUGUGUGGGCUACUUCACAGUCAACCAUCCAGACAACCAGGUGAUUGUGCAGUCUGGCCGGCAGCCCAGCGUGCUGCAGAAACUGUGUCAGCUGCCGUUCCAGUACUUCAGCCACCCACGCCUCAUCAAAGUGCUCUUCCCCUCACUCAUCAGCGCCUGCUACAACAACCAGCAGAACAAGGUCAUCCUGCAGCAGGAGAUGAGCUGUGUGCUCCUGGCCACCUUCAUACAGGACUGUGCCUCCAGUGAGAAUCAGACAGAUAGCAGGCCAUCACAACAUGAGAGGAGCAGUGCUGCACUGGAUUACUGUGAGCUCUCCAACCGCUUCCCCAGAGAGCAGUGGGACUCCGCACUUCACUUCUUCCUCAACAAACAAGAGGAGUGAGCCAAAAGAGGAGAAGAGUGCACAGACUGCAUAGCACACUCAGAUGCACCAUGACCAUUCGUACCAGCACAUUCACUCUAAGCACUACAUAUAUCUACAGGAGAUACAAAGCAAAAAAAAAUAGGAUUUUUUUUUCUUUACUUUUUUAAUUCUAAUAUUGGGCAAAAUUUUAAGCAAGUCUUAAAAAUCUGGCUGCUGCACGUAACAUCUGAGUUUUGUUUAGACUUUAUUAGCUCGCCUUAAUUGAGUUGUAUUAAUAAAAAUAAUUGCAUAGUAAAUGCAGCUUAAAUUUUUUUUGUUACUUUUUUGGACGUGCAAUGUUAACAUCACACACUGUAAUAACAAACUGUUCGCACAAUGCAGGUACUUAAGGGCAGUAUAACACAGUCACAUUUACAAAGUGGCUAGAAUGUAUGAACGUAUUUCUUGUGUAAAUAAACAGUUAUUAGGGGCUGUCGAUAUACAGUGGAAGAAAGAAAAGAUCCGUUGUGGCCCUUUCCUGGAAUGCACACUAGUUUACUGUUCCUCUCCAAAGCUGGACAUAGAACUUAGUGUUUUAUAAAUGAGGAGGUAUGUUUUGUUUUGUAAAUAAAAGAUGUUUGAAGGAUAUUUCUGAAAAUUCAAAAGAACUGUUCAGAGAGUACAGUCGGUUACUUUACUUAUUGCUGUGUAUUAAAGGAAAAGAAACAUUGCUUUCAAAAGCUGACAAAAAUCAUGAUUAUUUACUGGUUUUGAAAUUUAUACAAACUGAGUAUUAGGAUAUAUAUAUGUAUUAACUCUGAUUUCCUUUUCUUAAAAAACACUGUAAGACAUAUUUAUGUUAAUGUUGUUGUUGUUUGCUUUGUACUUGUUACUGAAUGGUGAAGCACUUAUAAUUUAUAGAAUUGAUUUUUUUUUUCACAUUUAAUAAAAUAAAAAUAUUUAAUGCA